CUUGGUGAACUACCAGGAGACUCUCUUCCCACAGAGAGUCGGCUCAUGAACAGCUGUAUCCAGGCUAGGAGGAAGUGCCAGGCCAAUCCCACUUGCAAGGCUGCCUACCACCACCUGGGAUCCUGCACCGCUGGUCUAAGCACCUCAUUGCCCUCAGAAGAGUCUUCUGUGUCUGCAGAUUGCUUGGAGGCAGCACAGCAACUCAGGAACACCUCUCUGAUAGGCUGUACAUGUCACCGGCGCAUGAAGAACCAAGCUACCUGCUUGGACAUCUAUUGGACUGUUCACCCUGCCCGUAGCCUUGGUGACUAUGAAUUGGAUAGCUCCCCCUAUGAAGACACAGUGACCAGCAAACCCUGGAAAAUGAAUCUCAGCAAGCUGAACAUGCUCAAACCAGACUCCGACCUCUGCCUCAAGUUCGCUAUGCUAUGUACUCUUAACGACAAGUGUGACCGGCUGCGCAAGGCCUACGGGAUGGCAUGCUCCGGACCCCGCUGCCAGCGCCACGCCUGCCUAGCCCAGCUGCGCUCCUUCUUCGAGAAGGCGGCACAGUCCCACGCGCAGGGCCUGCUGCUGUGCCCGUGCGCACCCACCGACCGCGGCUGCGGGGAGCGCAGGCGCAACACCAUCGCCCCAAGCUGUGCACUGCCAUCUGAGGUCCCCAAUUGUCUGGAGCUGAGGAGCCUCUGCCACGCGGACCCGCUGUGCAGAUCACGCCUGAUGGAUUUCCAGACCCACUGUCAUCCUAUGGACAUUCUAGGAACUUGUACGACAGAGCAGUCCAGAUGUCUUCGAGCAUACCUGGGGUUGAUUGGGACUGCCAUGACCCCCAACUUCAUCAGCAACAUCAACACUAGUGUUGCCUUGAACUGCACCUGCCGAGGCAGUGGCAACCUGCAGGAGGAGUGUGAACAGCUGGAAGGGUCUUUCUCUCACAACUCCUGUCUCAUGGAGGCCAUUGAGGUUAAGAUGCGUUUCCACAGCCAGCUCUUCUCGCAGGACUGGGCAGACCCUACCUUCUCUCUGAUGCAACACCAGGUCAAAAACCUUGUUGUGAGGCCUCAGCCCAGGGUGCCCUUUCUUUUCUCCUGCACAUUUACUUUGAUUCUGCUCUGGAGCCUAUUGCAACCUUGA